AUGAACGCCCGAACCCUGGGUUCGGGUAACCUAACCAUAGUUCUGGCACAUGGCUACGGUGGUGACCAGUCAGUGUGGGACAAAGUCUUGCCGCCGUUGGCCGCCAACCACCGUGUUCUAGUCUUCGACUGGUGCUUUUCCGGCGCCGUUGACCACAACUCCACCCUCUAUGACCCCAUCAGGCACAGUAGGUACGAGGGCUUUGCAGAGGAUGUGAUUGGUCUGAUCGAUGAGAUGAAAAUCGGGUCGUGCGUGUUCGUUGGUCACUCGAUGUCGGGCAUGAUCGGGUGCAUCGCGUCCAUCAAAAGGCCAGACCUCUUCACCAGGCUCGUGCUCGUUGGACCUUCACCCAGGUAUAUAAACACUGAAGACUAUGAAGGAGGUUUUGACAAGUCAGACAUAGACAACAUCUUAUCGAGCAUCGAGUCCGAUUUCGAGGAUUGGGCUUCGAAAUUUCCAUCUCUCGUCGUCGACUCGAGUGAUGCAACUUCCGUAGAAAAGUUCCAGAAGUGUCUGAAGAGAAUGAGGCCCGAAGUUGCGCUGUCCAUGGCCAAAACCGUGUUCCUUUGCGACUACAGAGACAUUCUCGACAAAAUCGAGAAGCCAUGUGAUGUCAUCCAGACAAGAAGUGACGUCGUGGUCCCGAGCUCGGUUCCCGAGUUCUUGGAGAGGAAGCUCAAGGGGAAAUGUAAAGUGAAGAUGAUCAAGAGUACUGAGGGUCAUUUUCCUCAGCUUACUGCAAAUAUAGAGUUCGUUGAGGUGUUGGAGGAUAUUUUAGUAGGUUAUUGA